AGCCUGCCGCGCAGUGCUUGCUGGGAAGAGUAGUUCCCCAGCUGUGCAGAGUAGUCAGUCUGGACUCAGAGCAGAACGUUUCUGGGCCAGGCAUGGUGUCCAGUGGUGGUUGUGGCAGCUCCAGCGUUUGCAGGGGCUGAUCUCAAGGUGGGGCCUUUCAGGCUCGCGUAGAUGUGAUGUCCGGGAACUUGGGACCUAAUGAGGCAUCCGGGAUUUAUCAUGAGCGGCAACGCCUUGAGCUGUGUGCUGUCCAUGCCCUGAACAAUGUCUUGCAGGAGCGGAUUUUCACCCAAGAGGCAGCUGAUGAGAUCUGUAAGAGGCUGGCCCCAGAUGCCAGAUGGAAUCCACAUCGUAGCUUCUUGGGAACAGGGAACUAUGAUGUCAAUGUCAUCAUGGCAGCUCUCCAGAGUGUUGGUCUAGAAGCUGUCUGGUGGGACAAGCGCAGGCCUCUAGAGCAGCUAUCCCUAGAGGGGGUUCUAGGAUUCAUCAUCAAUGUCCCCUCCAACGUGUGCCUCGGCUUCCUGUCUCUUCCAGUGAGGCGCCGCCAUUGGAUUGCUGUGCGCCAGCUUGAUGGCGUCUAUUACAACCUUGACUCCAAGUUGAAGGCACCAGUUCCAAUUGGCAGCGAAGCUGACCUCAGGGUAUUUCUUCAGGAAGUUCUAUCAGAGGGACCCUGUGAGUUGCUGCUAGUUGUGCCCCAUGAGACCGGUGAAGCCAGAGACUGGCUAAGCACUGUCAGGUGAUCGCCAGCAUGCAAGAAUCCAUCCGAGAUGACCUGAAACAUUCCUCUUCAAUCCCCUCCUGUACUGGCUGCUGCAUGUCUUUUUUGGGAUGGGGAGGGAAAGGAAGUGGCACACUCUUAUUUACGCUGCCAUUCUGGGAGCUGACCAUGAAACCCAUCCUUCCCUCUCUUCCACGAAAGAAAAGUUCCCAGCUUCUCCCUUGCUUUUGAAAGACUUGCACUGUGUCGGAGCAGUAUGGAAUAAAGGCUGCAAUACCAAAUGGUAGAGGACUUUCCCCUGGCAUGACCAGUUGGAGCAUAGGAAUAGCCAUUGGAGUGUUCUGACAGGAGCCAAUCAAUUCUUUCUGGACUGAUGGAGAUAAUUGUUUACAAGCAGGACUUGAUGGUGUUACAUGCCCUGAUCCUCAUUUGCUAUCUAGUUUAGUCUAUUUUAUCUGAGAAGCUGUAUGGCUCACUAUUUGGGCUAAGAGACUUCUUUCUUUGUAUUUUUUGAGAUUCUUCUGUAAAAUCUCUUUCUGCUGAUGCAUUGCAGUGAGUUACUUGGAUAGAACAAGACAGACCCCCCCCCCAGCACACACGAGUGCGCACAGAGAGAGAGUCUUUGACUUAAACCUGUCACUCAAGGUUUUGAGGUGGCUGUUCCAAAGGAUAUUAGGGAGGCAGUGGUAGGAGUAGGAUGUAGAUGCUGAGAAGCCAAGGAUGAUGUUUCAGCUCUGGCUUUACUCAGAAGGACCUUUUCUGGCAGCUGAGAGCUGUUUUACUAAGAGUGGCAGGGACACUAGUCAAGUGGAGCGUGUGGCGAGAAAGCAAGCUUCUUUUUGCUCCCUUGAGGCUAGCUUGAAAACAUGAGAUGCUUAGACUAGAUAGGAUUAAUGUUUCUGCAGUAGGUAUAACUGAAAGUGGGAAAAGGAGAGUGGAGUGCCGUGUAGAAUUAAGAAAAGCCACUGUGCUGGUGUCCUGUGUUCAAAUUCAGAGAGUAGUGGCAGACACCACAAGGUGGCAAAUAAUCCAAGCUGCUCCCAGACUUUCUGCUGCCUGAAAUAAGAUAGUGUUUCCUUUAUGAUUCCGUAUCCACAAGCUGUGACUGGGUUGACCGAUGAAUGCUGGCAGCUGAACAAAAUCUUCUAUCACACCUGAAGGCAGCAGGUCAGUUCAGAGGAAUAAGACACACUAUGUGCUCCAACAAAGAGAAUUAGCCGGAGGGCUCAGGAAAAACAGCAUGGGGGAGUCUGCACCUGUUGCAUUUCUGCCUGUGAUACAGCUGCGUGAAGCACUAGUACCUUGCAGAGCAGGGGUGAGGCACUGACCCUUUGUUCAGACUGAAAAUGUCAGUUGCUUUUUUGUUUUGUUUUUAAUCAAAACACUCUGUCCCUCAGGUAGAAGGUAUCUGAUGCUUCUCGUGAAAGGUCAGAAGCUAGCAUAGGGAAUGCACAGGAGAAAGCUAUUGCACUGUCCACCUCCUUAUCCUCUAGUAGUUCUUAAUGCUUUUUUUAAAAAGCUACUCUGGUCCUUUUUUCUGGCACAGAAAGCACCCUCCGCACUGCGCCUGCCAACCUUGAAGUUCGUUGCAAACCUCUGCAGAGGAACACUCAGUGAUGCAAAACAAAUAAAUGUGUGCUAGAGUUUGUGAGU